AUGAGCAGCAGCUACAGCGCGGCGUACAGGCCGAUCAAGUACGUCAGCUCGAAGCGCCUGGGGCUCGAUGACGACCACAGGCAGCUGGAUAGGAUCGGCGCGCGGCAGCUGAACCAGUCCGUGCUCGCGACCCCGCCGGGCAAGGCCGUCCGGCAGCACAGCUCCAAGCCGGCCGAGGGCGAGGACCUCGUCCUGUCGCGCCCCGAGGACAUCCCCACCAAGUGGUCCAAGCAGCGCUCCGUGGGCGCCGGGUACUACAACCUCGGGAACACGUGCUUCAUGAACGCGGUCCUCCAGGCGCUCGCGCACACGGCGCCCCUGGCCGAGAUGUGCCUGUCGUCGGCGCCGCUGCGCCCGGGGAGCCGGCCGGGCUCGGCGUCGUCGGACUCGAGCAACGGCCGCAGCCACCUCCGCGACGGCAAGUUCGACGUCAUCGGGGCGCUGCGCGCGCACGUGCGCAACGCGCUCGGCGCCGCGGGCCGCCGCGUCAUCAAGCCGGCGCAGUUUGCGCACAACCUGCGCGCCAUCUCCAAGUCGUUCCGGCUCGGGCGGCAGGAGGACAGCCACGAGUUCCUGCGCUGCCUGCUCGACCAGCUGCACGAGGCGUGCAUCCGCGGCCUGCGCCCGAAGCCGCUCCCGCAGCGCGUGCAGGACACCACCUUUGUCAGUCGCAUCUUCGGCGGGCGGCUGCGGAGCCAGGUCAAGUGCUGCGACUGCGGGUACGAGAGCAACACGUACGACCCGUGCAUGGACAUCUCGCUCGAGAUCCCGCGCGCGGGCGGCGUCGCGCGCGCGCUGCAGCACUUUGUGCGCGGCGAGACCCUCGACGGCGACAACCGGUACAUCUGCCCGAAGCAGAAGACCAAGGUCCGCGCGGUGCGCUCGCUGCGCAUCGACCGCCUCCCGCUGGUGCUCACGCUGCACCUCAAGCGGUUCGCGUUCGGGGGGUUCGGGUCCAAGAUUGGGCGCGCGGUCGAGUACGAGGACGCGCUCGACAUGGCGGCGUACACGACGGGGGCGUCGCGGACGCCGCAGUGGUACGACCUGUACGCGGUGCUCGUGCACGCGGGGUCGAGCAUGAACUCGGGGCACUACUACUCGUACGUCAAGGCCCCCGGGGGACAGUGGUACUGCUGCGACGACGGCGACGUGUCGCCCGUGAGCACCGCGCAGGCCAUGUCGCAGCGCGCGUACAUCCUCUUCUACCGCAAGCGCUCCCCCGAGGGCACGCACGCCCGCCCGACGCUCGAGACGCCGCUGUCGCGCCGCACCAGCGAGGACGUGCCCGACACGCCCACGUCGCGGCACGGCGCGACGCUGCCCAUGGGCGGGCACGGCGGGCUCCCCGCGGUCACCGCCACGUACAGCGCGGUGCCGGCGGCGAGCCACGCCACCGUGGGGUCGCGGCGGGAGGCGGCGGCGACGGCGGUGGCCCAGGGGCCGUCGCGACGCGGGACGGGCGGCAGCGACGAGCCCGCGGCGGAGCGCUCGGCCGGCGCGACGAAGCUGCGCGCGCACGCGAGCCGGAUCAAGGACGGCCUGCCGCCGUCGCCGUCGCGCGAGGGCCAGCUGACGCAGCGCCUGUCGUCAAAAAACUGGGAGGGGGGGGGUGGGGUUCGAGUUGGCAAAACACCCCCAGCUGCCGACUUGCCCGCGACGGGCAACCGCCCCCCCCUCGACCAGGACGGCCCGUCCGCAUCCCCAGCGCGUCCUCGCCCGCCCGCGGCGACGCACCCACGGCCAACCCCUCCAACCGUCUCACUGCCGCGCGCCUCGCUACGCGGCAGUCGAGCCGCGUCUCCGACCCAUACCGCCGCCCGUCUUUCCGCUAGCAGCUCCUCCGUCACGCGCCUCUACCGCGCGGGGCACCAGCGCAUCCUGCAGGUGCUCGCCAGCUGGGUCCGCCGCACGGGCCACCUCCGGGCCCUGCGCGCGGCCGGGCGGCGCGGCGACCUCGAGGGCUCGCUGCGCGUGCUGCGCGCCGUCCAGGGCACCGGGAAGCACGCCUCGCCCACGGGGGCGCCGCGCGCGGUGCUCACGCGGGCGCGGGCCCGGGAGGUGCUGUCGACCCUCGACGCCGGCGCGCGGGAGGAGCCGACCGGCGGCGGCGGCGACGACGACGAGGCGGAGCGGAAGCCCGCGCGCGUCGUGGCGUCUGGUGCGGCGGCGGUGGGCAUGGCGGCGCGGCCCGCAGCGGCUGCGGGGUGGGACGGCGGGCGCGGCACGGGCGCGGCGCAGCGGGACGUGGUCCGAACGAAGCGCAAGAGCAAGCGCACGCGCGCGUACGACGAGUGGGAGGAGGAGUACGACCGAGGCAAGGUGAAGAAGGUCAAGAACAAGGAGGGGGGUCAAGGGGACCUGCGGCAGGGCCUGGGGGAGCGGCUCGAGCAGUUCGCGAGGCGGAAACACAACCACGGCCGGCGGGACCGUGCCGAGCGUCCGCACGCGACGCGCAAGCCACCUCGCCAGUGA